AACACUACUCCUAAAAUAUCGGGAAUGGAGAAACUUCUCCGGAUUGACCACUUCAAUGAUUUUCCCAUCUUCUCAUGCAAGACCAGAGGCACCACGCAAGCACCUUCCCCUCCACAGUUCAUAUCUGACCAUUUUGAUGUCUUCAAAGGAUCCGGCUAAAUUCUAAGUCCUUAUAUAGGAACCCUACUCUUCAAUUCUAACAUAAUCUUCAUGCCAAUUAUUCUCUAGUUUCCCCCUCUUCUACUUUUCUGAAUCGAACUUCAUUCCUCACACUCGGUGAGGAGUCGAGAUUUCUGUUUCUGUUUCUGUUUCUUGAUAGGAUAAUCUAUGACUAUACCUUCCAUCUGCUAUAUUACAAUGGAAAAGGCGUCACAAAGGAAAAGCAUAUCGGCUUUCUCAUUGUAUUGUUUUUCGCUUGAUGUUCUUUUCAUCCAAACAAUUGCCAUUUGUCUAAGAAAAAUACACAAUUUUUUGACAAGAUUUUGGUCUUCUCUCCAAUACCAACCCAACUUUGAUAAUCAUAACCCGAAGGCUUGGAAUAAGAAAAAGAAUUCAGAUUUUGAGCUGAGCCAGCAACAGGCUAGCACAAGCAGAAAGAAAGCUGAUAGCAUCUUGAGCAGAGGAGAUGCAGAAACGGUCAUGCAAAACUUGGGAAUUUUUUGCAGCUCAGAAGGCGAGGAACUUCUGGAGGGGUUCAGUUCCAAUGAGGUUUCAGGGCUGUUUGAUGAGAAGGAACCAAGCUUGGAGGAGUUGAAGGAAGCUUUUGAUGUUUUUGAUGAGAACAGAGAUGGGUAUAUUGAUGGAAAGGAGUUGCAGAGAGUUCUCUGUAUUUUGGGCUUAGAGGAAGGAAAAGAAGUGGUGAACUGCAACAAAAUGAUCAGGACAUAUGAUGAAAACAGUGAUGGAAGAAUAGAUUUCAAUGAAUUUUUAAGAUUGAUGGAGAACGUCUUUUGCUGAAUGAUUGUUUUUCAUUCUGGACAUACAUAUAUAAAACAUAUCGAGCUUGGAUUCACUCCUCCUUUUAGUUCUAUGUUAUUAUUCGUGUGAUUCCAAUUAGAUAUUUUUUUGGUCGUGUGUGAUUCCCUUGUUAUAUAUAAGAUUUAUUGGUAUCA